GUCUCUGGGGCGGGACGCGCCUUGGCUCUGUCCCUGGCUGUGUAGUGUCCCUGAGCCCUUAGCGAGCCAGACGCGGACAGCCAUGGCCUCCAGUGUCUGCCCGCCGUCCCCGCUACUCGUGCGGCUGUCGGAGUCCAUCCCCCGGGCGCACAGGAAGCUAGAGAAAUACUUUCAGAGCCGGGCUUCAGGCGGCGGGGAGUGCACCGUCCAGCCCGUGGGCCCCAGCGCCCCGGACACCUUCGAGGUCAAGUUCCUAGAAAGGACAGCUAAGGAGAAAGUGUUGAAAAAGAGAGAACACCAUACGCUAAUCAAUGACAAAUCUGUCACCAUUUUCCUGGAAACCAUUAAAAAGCCAGUAGAGGACCUGAAACCCAGAACUCCAUCCUUAACACAGCCAGCUGAGACACCCAGCUCCAGAUCUUCAUCCUCGAUAGAAUCCCUGGAGGAAGUACUGUGUGAUGAGAUGCACCCCAGUGAUGGGCCUGUCUUUAACUCGGUUGACUCUAUUGUCCAAAAGGUCUUUCUUGCUGUGACUGCUGAGCUGAACUGUGACCUGCUCUCCAAAGAGCAGCGGGCUCACAUAACCACCGUCUGCCCUCAUAUCAAAGGGCUGGUGGGUAGUGAGGGAAUUGAGAAGGUGUGUGGCAGCUUCGAAGACAUUGAAAAGAUACAUCACUUCUUGAGUGAGCAGCUUUUGGAAAGUGAGCGGGAGCAGAAGUACCUCCCACAGAAAGACCCGCCCUCCGAUACGGAGAGGGAGCAACCGUGUCAGAACAAUUUUGAAGUUUCCGAGCUUUUCCUUGAAUAUUUCAGACAUGCCUAUCCUAAUAGUAUAGAGUCCAUAGAGAAAGAAUUUCGUGUAAACUUUGAAAUCCGAGAUAGUACCCCCAAUAUGGUCUCCGUGGGCUUCACCUCUGGCCAAUCGGGCAACUUAGAAGAAGCCCGUGAUUCUUUUGUCAGAAAGUUUCAGGAAUGCACACAGUCUCUGAAGCAAGAUUCCAUCUCCCUAGAGGACCAUGAGAGAGCAAAGGAAGUCAGAGAGGAGUUGACGGGCCGCUUUCCAAAGCUCCUGAUCAAGGGACAGGGAAGAACGCUCACUCUCCUCGGAACUCAGGGUGACAUUGCAGCCGCCACAGAAAAAGUCUCCCAAACGUUUGUCAAGACUGUCAAGACACCCGUGGUGAAGAUAACGGCAUCUGGUUACCUGACAGGGAUUGAGGUAGAUUCGGCUCGCUUUAACCUCCUAAAACCUGAAUUGCUCCAGGAAAUCUCAGAGAUAGAGCAGAGGUACAACACUUGUGGGCAAGUCCAGGAAAAAGGUCAGAAAACCUGCAUUGUCUUUGUCCCCAAGGACAAGGAGGUAGACCUGUCCGUGCACUCUUACACAAGUUUCAUUGACGCCUUCCAGCAUGCCACGAGCCAGCUGAGGACAGAAGCCCUGUCGCUGAAACAGUUGGGCAGGGAGAGAGCUCGCUUACAGAAGACGAAGUUCGUUGACGACUUAAGAAAAAAGCACCCAAAUGUACACUUUGUGGUGUCCCAAGAGUCACUGACCUUGACUGGUUUGCGGAGUCACCUCACACAGGCCAUGCAGUAUGUCUUCAAAAGAAUGGGACUGUCCCCACCGUCCGGAGAGAAACCGAACGUGGAUGGUGAAACGGCCAUGGAUGUCGACGGGAAUGACUCAAAUGCGGCCUCACCUCCUCCUGGAGGCUCCGCGAGUAGCUCCUCGGCCUCGAAGGUGAACGAGAACAAAGACUACUGUGUCAUCUGCAUGGAUACCAUUACUAACAAGCACGUGCUCUCCAAAUGCAAGCAUGAAUUCUGCACUUCUUGUAUCACCAAGUACAUGUCCAUCAAGCCUGUCUGUCCCGUGUGUCAGACCUCCUAUGGUGUCCAGAGAGGGAACCAGCCAGAUGGAACCAUGACUCACACCAGAGUAGGUCAUUCACUUCCCGGUUACGAAGGCUGUGGUACAAUUAUGAUUUGCUACGAUAUGAAAGGUGGCGUCCAAACAAAUGAGCACCCGAACCCAGGAACGUCUUACUUUGGAACACAGCGCACUGCGUACUUGCCUGAUAAUAUGGAGGGAAGAAAGGUUUUGGAUCUGCUUCGAAAAGCCUUUGACCACAAGCUGAUUUUCACAAUAGGGUGCUCUCGAACAUUAGGCCUCUCAGAUGUCAUUACAUGGAAUGAUAUUCAUCACAAAACAUCCAUGUCUGGAGGACCAGAAAGGUUUGGUUACCCCGAUCCUGAUUACCUGAAACGCGUCAGGGAGGAGCUGAAAGCAAAAGGAAUCGAAUAAGGAAGCUGCAGGGAAGUCAUCUCUCCAGUGUCAAAAGAAGUGUGUUAGGAGGCUGUAUUUGUACAGACCUAAACCUUUUUCUAGAAAAACUUUGUAACAUCUUUUUUUCAUGUUAAGUAGUCUUCUUGCCAGUCAUUUCUAGAGUGUUACUCUUUCAUGGAAAGCAAAAUAUAAAGGGCAUGGGCUGGGGAAAUGGCUCCGUCCGCAAAGUGUGAAGAAAUGAGCUCAGAUCUUCAUCAUCCAUGGCAAAGCCCGGUGUGAUGGCCUGCACUUACAAACUUAGCACUGGUGAGUUGAGACAGGAUUCCUGGAGCUUACUGGCCAGCUAGUCAAGCCAGAACCAUGAGCUCCAGGUUCACUGAGAGACUUUGCCUCAAGAAAUAAGGUGGUUCGGGACAUGGUGGUGCAGGCCUUGAAUGCCAGUACUUGGGAGGCAGAAGGAGAAGAUCUCUGUGAGGUCCAGGCCUCAGCCUGGUCUUCGUCUUCAGAGCCCAAGUCCCAAGACAGCCAGCUGUACAUAGUGAGACUGCCUCAAAACAAAUAUUAGGUGGACAGAAAUAAACACAUCUAACUUUUUUUUUAAUUUUUAUUUUUUAUAUUAAUCAGGUUUUUUUUUGUAUUUUAUUUUUUUCUUAUCAGUUACAUUUUAUUAACUCUGUACCCCAGCCGUGUCCCGAUCCCUCAUUCCCUCCCAGUCCCUCCCUCCCUCCUUCCUAACACAUCUAACAUUAUCUUACGUCCCCCAAAUACACCUCCACACCAAGUGCACAAACACACACACACAGAGACAUUUUAAAACAAAAAGAUAAAGGAUUUCAAAUUUUUUCUGAAGAAAUCUGAUUUCAUUCUUGUGUUUAAGUGUUGUAGUAAAUAAAUAAAUGAGUGUUGGGCUACAUAAUGUUUAUUAUCAGCCCUAUGAUUAUCACAGUGGUAUUAUCUAACCCGCUGUUACAAAUAAUAAGACACAGAUGCCAUUAGAUUUUAUAACUGCCUUACUCACCUUAGGCAGGGCAGACAUUUCACCUAUGCUGGCUCAAUAACCUCACCAUCCUUCUCCCAGCCCCCAUCCAGUCCCAUCCACCGUAGUCAUUCUCAUCUGGGCUACCUUCCAUCCAUAAUCCUAUGGUACUUGCUUGUAUUCUUCCUCUGGGCCUUUUCACACCAUUGUUGGAGUCCUUCCUCUUGGCCCACAUGAUUUUUUUUCUCCACACUGACCCAUCCUGGCAUCCUCCUUUCUUCUCUCUUCCUGUCUGUCUGUCCUCUCCAAGCCUGGGAACCUCUGCCACGCCUCCCCCAUCUUCCCUGCCCAGGUAUAGGCCAUUUAAUCAGCCAAUCAGGUAUCUCUUAGGGCUGUUUACAAAACAGGUGUAAACAGAUCUUGAGGGCCAGUAACAUCCAUCAGACCAACCUGCAGCAGUUAAGGCUGGGGGGUAAGUAAGUUUGAAAUCAUCUUCUGUUGUCUUUCACUGGAACCAUUGCAACUGAUGGAACCUCCCCCAGUUUUUGCUUAUCUGAGGCAGGGUCUCACUGUGUGACUCUGGAACUCACUUUGUGGACCAGAUCUUGAACUUGGACCUGCCUGCAUCUGCCUCCUUAGUGCUGGGAUUAAAGACCUGUGCCACAUGCCUGGUUUUUUGUUUGUUUGGAGUUUUUUGUUUAUUUUUGUUAUUGCUUUUUUGGUUUUGGUUGGUUUGCUUUGCUUUGCUUUGCUUUUGGUGUUAGGACGUAAACACAAAGCCAAUUGAGUUUCCUCACUAGUUCUUUGAUCCUUUUUCAUGUCCAUCUCUGUGGCAGUACAUUGGGUUUUUUUUUUUUUUUUUUUUUUAAUCUCUGCCUGGACAAGUAAAACCUUUGUGUAAAAGGGAAAGUGAAACCCUUGUGUAAAUGGGAAGUCUAAAAAUAGGUUUGUCUGGAAAAGACCCAUAUUUCUUUCCCUACCCUUAGCAAGAAAAGUGUCCAGGAGAUCAGGCAACUUUUGGUAAUAAGCAGAACAAGAAGACUCUUAUUUUUCAGGACACAGAGCCUGGUGGAUGGUUGGUGCUUAAUGUGUGUUUCUUGCUUGGCUCUAGUUGCUAGCAGCUCAGCAGGGGGACAGGCAUAUAAAGAAUAUGUCCCCCAAUCUUUGGCAGGAGCAGGACUGGAGUCCUUGGCAUUCAUUUGGAAAAGUUUCUUACCCCAAUAUGCAUUGGUUAGACUCUGACCAAGCCUAGAGCUCUACUCUUCCCCGAGCCCUGCCACAGAAGGGCAACACACACAUACACACUACACACACACACACUACACACACAUACACACACACACACACACACACACACACAGGUUAUGUUAUACUUUCUCAACAUACUCUGUUUCAGAUUUUAACAGGUAAACAACCUUGACUUAGCUUAAUAUUUUAUAACUGCUACCUGCGAUGUGGUAGGGUUUUGUCUUUUAAUCCUUUGACUGAAUCCCACCAGUCUGCUAUCUCUCUAAUCCUUUCCCCGGACAUGAGUGAAGGAGAGAAUUACACCCACUGUAGAGUCUGAACAGCAUGUCACAGUUCCCUGUAAGCGGUUCUCCAAGUCAGAGGAAAAUCACAGUGGACGGUGAUCUGGCGACCUGUGUUCCAACCACUCUCCAAAAUGGUACAUGACAUGUCUUGACCUCCUUAAGACAAAUGUGCACACACAUAAGACCGACUUGGCCGGAUAACAAUAGCCAACACUUCCUGAGUACUUCCUCUGCAGGUACUGAUAUGAUAGUACAAUUAAUCGCCCUGUUCUGUGAACAGAAAUCUCAUGUACGGAGCACAUGAGAUACUCACCAAGGGUAUCGUAAUUGAUAAAAGGAAGUGCUAAUUUUUACUUCUGUCUUGGUUUUGGUUUUUUUUGAGACAGGGUCUCACGGAACCUGGAUUGGCUUCUCCCUGUGUAUAGCCAAGGCUAUUCUUGAACUCUCACCUCCUGCCCAAGUUCUUGCAUAUAUUCUUGGCUGAUCUCUCAGAAUCUGCUUCCUCCCGAGGACAUGGGCUCCAGGCAUACACCACCAUGCCCCCAGGCCUGGCUUGUGAAUCCAGUUUAGACCUUUUACUUCUAAGCAUUCACCAAGCUUUUAUCAUUAAGACUAACUGAUCAUUUUCUAUCUUCUAAUCUAGUAGUUAAGUUUACUCCAAAGAAGAAAAAAAAAGGGUUUCUGUUAAGUUCUGUAUCUUGUAUUUGAUCGAGUGUGCAUAUGCAAAUUCCACAUGGUGUGAGUGCGUAAUGGCAUUUGAGUUUUUUCUUUUACAAGGUGUUAUCUGCCUUAAAUAAAGUUAGGUCCUUACGACA